CGCAGUUGGCUCCGGUGUUCUGCCGAUUUGUCCUAGUGAGUAGAUCAUUUCGAUGGGUGGGAUGUUUCGUUAGAACACCGGUUCCAGUCAAACGCGCCAGCCUGAAAUUAUGCAUUAGCCUCUAAAUGCUUUCCAUUUCCAGUAUUUCCAUUUAGGUAAAACGUCUGUUAACUUUUUUAUACCAAAGAUAGCGGGACCUCCGAGAAACACUGCAAAACAACGGUAGAAUAGCGGCAAUAUUUUAACAUUUUCUGAUUAACAUAUUUUAAAGAAAAUGGCACGCUUCGGUUCAAGUGUUACAUGAACUAUCAGUAAAUAAAGUUCUAUGAAUGUAGAAGUAUAUGGUUGCGGAAAACAAUGUAUGAAAAGAUUUUUUUCCAAUGUUGGUAUUUCCUUAAAUGCAUGGGAUUAGCGAGACGUUCCUUAAAUCCUCCGUCUUUGUUUACCUUCUAUUAAAGCUACUCUGCUGCUACCACCCAGAUAACCCCUUAAACAAAGUUAUCUAGAGUUAUCUUUAUAAAUGUCCCAAGAGACCAAGAGGUGAACAGUAGGCUCACAGUAAGCCUCACAUUGACUUUGAUGCACCUGUUCGAUUCGGCACUUUCCGCCUAAGCCGAGCGUCUCCGACACCGUGAAAGUAUAUGAACGGCAGCGUAGAUCUGAGGUUAGUUCUGACUGGACACUGCAAGGAGGAGCCGUGUCUUGGACACAUCAUUUUGGACUUCUCCUGCUCUUCCCGAUUUUAGUAAACCUUUUGAGGACACAAUGCAGACUCAUCCUAAAGAUGUUUGGCAGUUUUCAUGUCACAUUUGGUGUUUUUUUCUUUUUGCCGUAGAAAUUAAUGCGAGAGAUUUGCCAAUGUGUAAGGAGUCAGACUUUCACUUUGAGUACACAGAGUGUGACGUUCUGGGCUCCCGCUGGAGGGUGGCAGUCCCUAACAAACCAGAGACCUGCACGGGUCUGCCGGACCCGCUGAGGGGCACCGAGUGCUCAUUCUCCUGCAAGGCUGGCGAGUUCCUGGACAUGGAGACACAGGAGUGCCAGAAGUGUGCCGCUGGAACAUUCUCACUGGGGACUGGAGUGUGGUUUGAUGACUGGGACCGCCUGCCCGCUGGCUUCUUCAGCUAUGGUGCAGAUACAAGCAUGGGGACUGCUGUUUCCAACUGCUCCAACUCAACCUGGCUGCCAAAGGGUGACUAUAUCGCAUCAAACUCUGACGAAUGCAGCUCCACCUUGACUUACGCAGUUAACCUCAAGCAGACGGGCUCCAUCUCCUUUGAAUACUUCUAUGCUGACAACAGUGUCUUCUUUGAAUUUUAUGUCCAGAACGACCAGUGUCAGUCCACAGAGUCUGAGAGCAGGUGGAUGAAGAGCACGCAGAGCGACUGGGGCACACACUACGUGGAGCUCAGCCGUGGAAACAAUGUGCUGUACUGGCGGACCACUGGUUUCUCCUUGGGGACAAGCUCAGUCAAACCAGUGCUGGUACGCAACAUUGCCAUUAAAGGGGUCGCUUACACAUCCGAGUGCUUUCACUGCAAGCCUGGAACUUACAGCGGGGAGGCAGGAGCCGCCAGGUGUGCCCCCUGCCCAGCCAACACGUACUCCAACAAGGGUGCCACUUCCUGCCAGUCCUGCGCAGAGGACUUCUAUUCUGGCAUUGGGUCAGGAAGCUGUGAGCUUCGGCCUGUGUGUAAGAAGAGUGACUACUUCUACACCCACAUGCCCUGUGACUCCAGUGGCAAGACCCAGCUGAUGUUUAAGUGGAUCGAGCCAAAGAUCUGCAGUGAGAACAGCCCUGAUGCAGCGCAGCUGCCGGCCUCGGGGGCAGUGGAGCCGUGUCGCCCCUGUAACCCUGGCUACUUCCCCGUAAACGGCUCCAUCUGUGAAGCCUGCCUCUCCGGAUCUUACUCCAACGGCACAGCAGCAUGUGAGCAGUGCCCAGCUGGAACAGAACCGAUACUUGGGUUCGAGUACAAGUGGUGGAACGCGAUGCCCGGCAACAUGAAGACGUCUGUGUACAGCCGGGAGUACAGUGACUCGGACAGAACCACAGCGUGGGAGGUGGCUGGGGAGUACAUCUACACCACCCCUGGGGACCUGGACUCGGAUUAUGUGGUGCUGAUGCUGACGGUGCCAGGGUACAGACCAGCACAGUUCACGGGCCGGGAGACACACAACAGUGAACUGUCCCGGAUCUCCUUUGUCUUUGAGACCAAGUGCACAGCUGACUGCAUGCUGUUCUUCAGCGUGGGCUCCAGUGAGUGGAGCAGCCGAACUGUGGAGCACUGGGAGGGCAGCCGGGACAAGCAGUCCUACUCCUACAUCGUCAGGAGCAACGACAGCACCUGCUUCACCUGGGCCUUCCAGCGGACCAGGGAUUACGGCACGAGACAGUACCUCACCGACUUUGCCAAACUCUACUACGUCAAGGUCAGCAAUGUAAUUGGGGGCGUGGCAUCUGGGUGCCGGCACUGCCUAUUGGGCACGUCCACGGGGGGCGUGUCUCUGGUGGACGGGGAGUGUGUGCCCUGCCCAGCUGGUCACUACAUGCUGAAUGACUCCAGCGGCUGUCGGAGUUGCCCUGACAGAACCAUAGUCUGGGUGGAGCAGCCUGUGGGAGAGGAGGCCUGUCAGCCCUGUGGCCCCAACACUCAGAGCAACAAGGACCGCACCGCCUGUGUGAGCGACUGCACCCUGUCGUUGCUGCUUCAGGGGGGGGGCGUGGCUCACUACGACUUCUCCUUACUGGCUAACACCACCCACUUCCGCAGCAACGCCCGUUUCACCAGCAAAGGACUGCGCUACUUCCACCAGUACAGCGUCAGCCUUUGUGGAAAUGAGGGGGGGCCAGCUGCACUCUGUGUAGAUAAUGUCACAGAGAGUAAAAGGGAGGUGAGAGGUCACGUGUGCCAGUCCACUGUGGUGCCGUCUGAAGUGAGGGGCCAGAGGAUGGUGUCAUCUCAGCCGUUCAGCAUCGCCGACACUCUGAUCGGCGUCACCGUGGACACCGUCUUGGACAAUAUCUCUUCUCCGACAGCCUACUUUCCCACUGACUCCAGCCUGCCUGAUGUCAUCUUUUACUAUCGAUCAGCGGAGGCGACCCUGGCAUGUAAAAAGGGCCGGUCCACCACCAUUAGGAUGAGGUGUGACCUCUCUGUCUUAACAAAUGACCAGCUGUCUCUCCCAAGCAUGUGCUCCGAAGGCACUUGCGAUGGAUGCUCUUUCCACUUCCUGUGGAGGACUCGGCACGCCUGCCCGCUCUGCUCCGCCCAUCACUAUAAGGAGAUUGUCAGUGGCUGCAUUCAGGGCAUCCAGAGGACCACCUACGUGUGGCAGCAGCCUCUGCAGUGCAGUGGGGGGAUCCCCCUCCCGGCCCAGAAACUCAGUGCCUGCGUCACUCUGGACUUCUGGCUCAAGUUUGGUGUCUUGACGGGGGGCGUCGCUGCCCUGCUACUCGUUGUGCUCAGCUGUUACUUCUGGAAGAGGACACGCAGGCUACAGUAUAAGUACUCAAAGCUGAUCAUGAGCACUGGGGAGACAGAGUGCGACCUGCCUGCUGCAGACAGCUGUGCCAUAAUGGAGGGUGAAGAUGCUGAAGAUGAUCUCAUCUAUCUCACCAAAAAGUCCAUCUAUGGCAAGAUCAAGUCCUUCUCCAGACAGAGAACGUCAGAUGGGUUUGACUCCGUUCCUUUGAAGUCAUCAUCUGGCAUGGAGAUGGAGAUGAAUUAAACAGCUCAGCUGCAGAGCAGAGAGGUGGAGGUCUACAUGACCACAGGGGAGGGCAGAGACACGCAGAGAGGUGGAGGUCUACAUGACCACAGGGGAGGGCAACGCAAGGACAUGGACUGUGACAUAAGCCUGAUCUGGGCGAGUGUCACUCUGCCACCUUCUUCUCAGUGGAUGUUUUACCUGAAACAUUUUUAAAUUAUGAUUUUGUCAGGUUUUGUUUAAUGAUAUUGCUCCAUCUCGGGAUCUGGUGGAGUAAAUUUUUAUUAAUAUUUUUUCCUGAUCUGUUAUUUUAUAUAACUGUGUAGUCUACCCUUCAUCCAGAAAUGUGCUAGCAGCUGUCCAUCAAGUUUAUUUCCUUGAAUAGGGAAAAAAAAUGUAAUUGAAUGUAUCAGAAAUUAUAUUUAUUCUCCUUGUACAUUGUUCCCAUAAGGUGUGUAGAGUUGUCCUUGAUUUUCAAUUAUCUUAAGUCUGGUUGUAAUCAUCUUCUGAAAGUGUUUCCCUCAUAGCUAGCUAUUCUUUAUACAUUUACAAUAAUCUGCUAUAACGUGUCAGACUUUCACGUUAAAGGUAAGACAGGUGUGACACUAAUUCACUAGCCUGUUAUCCUGCUGGUAUUCACACCAAAGACCUUUACUCAUGGUGGCUGAGGAUUAGCUGCAGCUUGGUCACAUAGCAAAGUGUCACGUUUGUUCAGCAUUACUGUGCCUUGGUGAUGCGGAUGGUUCAGCAGAAAAUUAAAGCUACUCUGGCUUAUUUUUAAAAAGAAUUAACAUCGAAAUGAAAAUGCUGAAAAUGCAAGGAGAUUGUUUAUUGACAUUGCAGUUGUUCCCAUAUUAGCAGACAGUCAUUUAAAGAGGAAGAAUGUACAGGCAGACCUUGGAAAUAACAUUACUGUCAUUUUAUUGCAACUGUGCCACAUCUUAAUGUUACAGAAAGCACCACCUUCAUACCAAAUGUUAGCAAGUUAUGCGUGUAACUUAUUAUAACUGUACAGAUCGCCAAGUUGCCUUACUUUAUAAUCCGAGCCUCUGGAUGUUUGUUCUGUUCACAUUAUUUUCUGAAAGUCAGUGCUAAAGCUUUCUGUGUUACCGUUACAAUGGGGAUCCAAGCCAGUCUUAUUGCCUCUGGUGUAUAAAAUAUUUUUUCUGUACUGUUUGUGAAUACUUUUCUCAGUGUGAAACUACUAAACACUGCUGUGUUAAGAUUGGCCUUUGCCAACUA